UGUUAUCGUUGAUAAAAAAAUUCGAAAGACACUUAUAAAUGUCACUUUGUAAAAGUAGAAAAGUUAAUAAAACAUCUUUGAUUAAAACCAAACAAAACACAACAAAGUGUCAUUACAUUAUUAAGGCUAAUAUUAAAGGAAACAUAUCGAUUUAGGGACUUAAUAAUGAUGUAAAAAACUUUGAAAAGUUUGCUAAUAUCUUUGUGUAAUUUAUAAACAUGGAAGGCCCUGGCAUGAGUUUGUUUCAAGGGGCAGCGAGUAUUCACAUUAAUAACAGCGCACAAGACAGACUCGAAGAGCAAGAAGAACUUGAGGACCAAAAACGUUUAAACGAAGAAUUGAAACAUAAUUUAGAGAACGCCUUCGACGAUCUUCAAGACGAUGAUGAGAAUAGUUCUGUAAACAGUAGCGGCAAUUACACAUUAGAUGCCACCCGUGCUAAUGGUGUUCAUCAUCCUAGUAGGACUGGUUUACCUCCCACAUAUGUAGAAUCAUUAAAUCAUUUAAAAGAAUCCCAACUCGGCUCCGAUUCGCCAAAACCUUACUGUGAGACCCCAAAAAACCAUAUUCAGCACAUGAGAAUUCAUGAAGAUGCAAUGAAACAGCCUUUCAGUCCGUUUGGAGCUGGAGAUGGGCAGAAUCACUACUUUAAUCAAGAUUUCGGAGGACAACUCAAUGGCUAUGACAAUAGACAAGAACUUAUGAAUAAUGAACAACUGAAAGUCUUAUAUGAGAUGCGGGUUAAAGAAUGUCAACAAUUUGCAACAAAAAUAGAGGAACUUGACACAGAAAUAGACAGUUUACGAGCGAAAUUCUCUGCUGCUGUGCUUGACAAAGAUAAGGCUGAACUUUCAUUACAGCAAUCUCGACAUUUGCUUGCUUCAAGCAACCAUAAGUCAUUGGAGCUAGAACAACAAAUGAGUGCUCUCCGUGAAAAAGUUAGGCAAAGUGAGAAUGAAAAAGAACAACUGAGAUUGGAACUGAGGGCUACCGACAGUGCACUACAAGAUGCUCAACAGCGACUCCAUACCUUACAAGUGGCGCACUCACAUGAUACCGAUGCCUUGUUUAGAGAACAACAAGACAGACAUCGCGAAGAGAUGGAUAGGCUACAUAAUGAUUUGAUGAAGGCUAAGAAUAGACUGGAUGAAAAAGACAAUGAAAUUAAAUUGCUUGAAAAACAGUGUAGGGAGCGUGACAAAGAAAAAGAAGAGAUUUUAAUAGAAAAAGGAGCAACAAUAAAUAGGUUGGCCAGCGAACUAGAAGCGGCACAGAGCAGGCUAGUUAGUGGUGAGACAUCUCGGUUAAAAGAAAAAAUGUUCCAAUUAACAUCAGAAAGAAAUGCAGCCAGGGAGCAAGUAAAAGAACUUGGGUCUAAAUUGGAAGUAACUGCACAAGAAUUAGUUAUGUGUCGCAAUAAAGUGUUGACAGGCCAAAGGGAGUAUGAGAACUGGAGAACAACACUUAACCAAAUACUAAUGGAGGCUUUACCGGACAACACUUUUAAUAAAGCCGAUCCACCAUCCCCGGGAAAAUUUGCGACUCUUAAAGAAGUACUGAAUCGCUAUAAACAGCAGAUGCAAAAACUGUCAACUCUGCAAGAUGAACUAACAAAACGUGAAAAACGAUUGGAACAACAUCGAAAGCAAGAGUCGGAAUUACGGACAAAAUUAGAAGAACAAAAAGGUAUAGAAAUGCAACUCAAUUCACGAUUGGCCAUGCUACAGAACAAACUGGAGUUACUGGGAACCAACUCUGAUAGUGAGUUAGUUGAAACGUACAAACAGCAAAAUGAAAUAAUGAGGAAAGAUACGGAAGAUCUAAGGGCUGAAAUAAAAAAUCUGGAAUUGAAAUAUGCAGAGCUUGAAAUGGAGUAUGAAAAGCUUAAAACUGAAAAAGGCAGUCGGGCGUCUCUCAUUCAGGAAGCAAAUGCGGAUCUCAUGCGUGAGUUAGAGAGAUAUAACGGGCAAUUAAAAGAAACGCUUAAAGAAAACACCGAGUUGAAGAUGUUGUAUCUGCAGGUGUGUAGCGCUCGGGACGCAGUUACGAGAGAAUUAAAAGAAGUACAAACAAAAACACAGAGAGAAUUAGAACAAUACAAAUCACAAGAGAGAGAGUAUAUCGAAAGAAUAGAGAAAGAAAAAAGACUAGUGGAGAAAAUGACAGCCGACGUGCGUAACUAUAAAGAGGAGUUGGACAGGGCAAACAAAAGGAUAUCGGAGCUACAAAAGGAAUUUACUGACAAACAGAAGGAAUUUACUGAAAAACUUAACAAGUUUCUUGAGGAUGAAAAGACAGCUAUGCGAAAAGAAAUGGAAGCUUGUGCUCAGUGCGAGAAACAAAUUAAACAUAUACGGGCUUUAGAAGAUCAACUUAGCAAGUGUAACAUGAAAUUAGCGGCCCAAGAAAGCAAUGAAACCCUAAUGAAGGAGUUAAAAGGCAAAGCGGAGUUUUUCCAGAAGUACAUCGUAGAACGUUACAAGAAGCUAAGCGACUUGCGUUCUGUUGGCACUAAUACGGACCAUGGAGUGUGUGGCAAUAACGAUCACGAUCACAACGGCGACCACGAUAACGACAACGAUCACAAAAACUACCACGAUCACGACAGCAAUUCCGACCACGACCACGAUCAUCAGACGGAGUUAAUGAUGAAGGAAAAAGCGAUACGCGAUCAAAUAGCCGAGAAAUUCACAUUAGAAAUAAAAACUAUCGAAAUGAACUGCGCGCGACGAUUAAAAGAAAUGGAAACAGAACAGUUGACCGCCGUCACUAAGUUAAAAGACUUACUCGAACGAAAAGCUACAGAGAUAGACACUUUGAAACAGUUUAUAUUAUCAGAAAGAGCGAAAGUUACGCAGAUACUGGAAUCAAAGGAAAACGAAAUAUCUGUUCUAAUAAAAGAACACAAUGAACUACAAAACGAAUGUCAAAAGGCAAAAGAUGAUUUAAUCGAAUGGCGAUUAAAGGCUGAAAAGUACAAAGAUAGACUCUCUCGUUUAGGUUCCUUAGAAGAUAUAGCUAAGAGAGAAAAAGAAGAUUGGAAACAGAAAACUAGUUCGAAUGCUAAAGAAUGUCACGCGUUGAAAGUUAAGUUAGUCGAGUUACAGGAAAACUUGGCGCAUGUUGAGGAAAAGUAUUCAAAAGUGCAAUCUGAUUAUCAAAUGUUACAAGAAAAGUACAAAAACGCCAAGAGAACUGUUUUUACAUAUAAGGAUUACAUGGCGAAAAAAGACACCCACAUAAACAACGAAAUGAACAGAAUACAAGAUGAAUAUCGUAAGAUUUUUGUGAAACUGCAGAAUCAAAUAAACUAUUAUGUUAACUGUAGAGUGCAAGAGGAUAGGAAACACAAGGAAAAGAGACAACAGCAUGUACAAAUUGAUUACACAGCAAAGUUAAAUGAAUUAACGGAAGAUUUCGCACGUCUCGCUCAAUCGAACUUCAAGGACAAUCCAGACAUUCACUGACACCCAAAGAACGUGUCACUUGUACAAUUUGAACUAAUAUAUAGUAUUUCAUUUAUACUUUAUUUUAUAAUGUUAUAACUAAUUAAAAAUUACCUCAAUUUGGUUAUAGAAUAACCUAAACAGUACAAGAAAUGACAAAUCUCAUGUUAAAAAUUUUAAGAAUUGUAUUAUAAAAUGCUGAAACGUAAAAUUAAUAAAUUUUAAUAGUUGUAAUAAUGUAUGACACAAAUCACCUUUCGCCUAACUUUAAUUAAGAUUUUUUUUAUUAAUUAUAGUUGAAUUAAAGGUCUUUGACAUUAAAAUAAA